UUGGCACACUGCUGCACGAGCCGUCAACUCCAGACCGAGUCCGCUUCCAGGAAACUUCACAUCUAAGUGUCAGUCACUUCCCUCACAGUGCGUUAAUGAGCUGGGCGUGUGCUGAGGGUCAAAGACCAGGAGCUGUCCGGCACUGUUAAGAUGACUCUGUGUUCCACGGAAUGUGGAUUAUGAGCCAGGUGAAGAAGAAGAAGGGGUUCUCCCAAACCAUUUCCGUCUUCAUUCCUGACUCAGAAUGAGCCGCUGUGAUUGACGACCGCAACAUGGAGAUCCAGAAGAGGUUUUCUUCGUGUUGGGAGAGUUUUUUGGCAUGUUUCAAAAAACCCAACCAGUCUGGAGGCGCCACCGGGCGCCAGAAGACCGACACGGUUAUUACAAAUCCCGGUGCGAAAACUGUGGAGGCUGACUUUCCGUCUAACAGGUCCUUACCGCCGCUGCCAGUGGAGAGAGCCGGGGCUUGUUACAUCGCCCUGUAUGACUACUCGGCCCGCACCGAGGAGGACCUGAGCUUUAACGCCGGGGACACUUUAGAGGCUCUGGACAAAAGUGCUGGUGAAUGGUGGUUGGCCAGAGCCCUCAGCGGGGUCUCGGCCUCCAAAAAGGGGUACAUCCCGGCUAAUUAUGUGGCACCUGUGGAGAGUAUGGAUGCAGAACCAUGGUAUUUCCCUGACACCAAGAGGCUGGAUGCAGAGAAGAUGCUGUUGGCAGGCGGGAACCAGCACGGAGCCUUCCUCGUCAGAAACUGUGAAAGUCAGAAAGGGGAGUUUUCUCUCUCAGUACUGGACAGUGGGAAGGUGAAGCAUUACAAGCUGAAAAAACUGGAGAAUGGGCACUACUACGUGUCGAGGACCCGAUCCUUUCAAACAAUUAUUGAGUUAGUGGAACAUUACUCCAAACAGGCCGAUGGUCUCUGUGUGCGUCUGGUUGAACCAUGCAAAAAGAUGGAGGCUCCACAGACUCACGGUCUGUCAUACAACACUGUGGACCAAUGGGAGAUUGACCGCAAAUCCAUCAAGCUGCUGAAGAAGCUGGGAGCCGGUCAGUUCGGAGAAGUGUUUGAGGGCCUGUGGAACGAAACCACAGCAGUUGCAGUGAAGACCCUCAAACCUGGUACCAUGGACCCUGAGGACUUUUUGAGAGAGGCUCAGAUCAUGAAGAGGCUGCGGCAUGCCAAGCUGAUCCAGCUGUACGCUGUGUGCACCAUGGAGGAGCCCAUCUACAUCAUCACAGAGCUGAUGAAGAAUGGCAGCCUGUUGGAGUACCUCCAGAAGGAUAAGGGCACCACACUCGGCAUCUCUGACCAGAUUGAGAUGGCUGCCCAGGUGGCGUCAGGCAUGGCUUACCUUGAGCUACAGAACUACAUCCACAGAGACCUGGCAGCCAGGAACGUCCUGGUGGGCGAGAACAACAUCUGCAAGGUGGCCGACUUUGGCCUCGCAAGGGUCUUCAUGAAAGAGAAUGAAAACGUGUACGAGGCCAGAGAAGGAAGUAAGUUCCCUGUGAAGUGGACCGCUCCAGAGGCCAUCAACGACAACAAGUUCAGCAUCAAAUCUGACAUUUGGUCCUUUGGAAUUUUGCUGUACGAGAUCAUGACAUUCGGACAGAUGCCUUACCCGGCCAUGACGAACUACCAGGUGGUCCAGAGGGUUCCCCAGGGCUACAGGAUGGUGUGCCCCCCCAACUGCCCCAAAGUCUUGUACGACAUCAUGAUGGACUGCUGGAAGACGGACGAACAGGACCGGCCCACGUUCGAGACCCUGCAGUGGAAGCUGGAGGACUUCUUCGACCUGGAUGUAACCUCCUACGACGACGCAGGCCGUUACUAGCACGCCGACCACGCUGUGAAACGUAGAAAGAGAGGGACAAAAAGAAAACACAUUCUCUCUGCAGUGACGCAAAAUCACCCCAAUCCAAACAUAAACAUGCAUUCGUGGUUUUAUGAAGAUUCAAAUGUAAUUUCAAAUUCCACAUUGUGGUCGAAUGAAGGAUCUGAAACGUUUGAUCUGCAUGUGAUAGAUUACUGUGACUGUAACUGGCACGCAGUGAGGAAGCUUUUACUACAGCGACAACCGGUUGUCACACUCCUGGCCUCACUUCGUUCUACAACUGAAUGCACUUUGGCACAGUCUGUACACGCGCCCUGUCAAGGCGCUCCUCGAUGAACCGGUUCUUCUUGCACUCAGCAUAGGACAAAUUCUUUCCACUGGCCACCUGCCAAACUAUUACCAGCAGUUCACCUGAGAGAGUGAGACGGCAGGUUCUAACAACUGAGCUCAUUCCUAAAUGCAUGCGUAGUUCCGCUUGUUUUUGAUUUAACAUUAUUCAAAGGUUGGUGGCUGUGUUUGGCCCCAGCAGCCAGAAAAUGAAAAAACAAUUGAGAUGAACUCUUCAGUAACAAACUACUUCUGCUUUUCUUUACUUUCAUCUAAUGAAGUUGCUAUUCUCUUCUUGCCACUGUAAAAACUGCUACAAGAGAGCUAAAAAUAAAAGGGCGUGGUCAGGUAUGUUCGGAGCACUGCAGGUUUAAAAACAAAUGAAUGCUCACAAAUUUUAACAUUUGGUCUCAUAUUACAUUUGUGCUUGAAAAUGAUUAAUCUGUGCACACAAAUGACUGGAACACAACACCAAAGGACUGGUCCAGUAUGCAACAUGUACAGUUUGAUAUAGAAACUAGAAUCCACCAGUUUACAGUGAAGUAGGAGACAUCCUUGGUCUGGCAGCAAAACUUUAGAAAUGAACAACAUUUGCAUAUUCAGAGGUUCUGGAAUUUAACAGUGUAGGAGUAAAUUACUUUUUAAGGAUUUCAAUGUGGAAAUUAUUUCUUUUUCUUUUUUUGUGCAGAAAAAACAUAUCAGAGACAGUAUAGUUUCAAGCACACAAUUUAUGUCUUAAUAUAUGUCUGGACGGGAUCUUAAAAAAUAUGUUAAAGAUUGACAAAUUAGGUCAUUUGAGGGCAAAACUGAUUAUUUAGAGUGCACACAGAAUGAGUUUUUCUCCUUUUAUACAUGCCAACCAAGACUUGUUUUUUUUUUCUGGGCCUCCAAGUCAUGUAGUCUGCCCCUGGUAGCUACAUCGUAUCACCUCACCUACAAAUCUGCAGUGCUCUCAUCCCUAUCUGCUCUCAUAAUUGGGAACAUGUAGUUGAAUGCAUUGGUUUGUUUGUCUUCCACUAUAAUGGCUCAAUGACUGAACACUGACACUGGACUCAAUCCCUCCUUUUCACAUGUUUUUUUUGUUGAAAGCUGCAGAGCUGCUCUCAGAUCUGUGGCCAUGUUAUUUCUGACCGCCAACGAUAAAGUGAUGCCGCGCUCAAUCAGAUGCUUUUGACACACACUGAUGUGGUUGAAUUUCUGAUGAUUUUGUAUGUUUUUAGUGUUGUGAACAAAAUCUUGUUAAUUGUACAUUAUAACCAUGGCAGUGUUUCUAUAAUCUACUGUAUUUUAACAUAAUUAUCUUUUAUGCAGAACAUAAUUAAAUGGUUUAUAUUUACUAUGA